GCACAUACACACACACACACACACACACAUAUUUAUAUACAUUUUUGCCGAUGAGGCACAAUGAAUGACACCCAGGUUUUCGAUUAUACAACUUUGAAUUUGCCAAUUAAAUUUCGAAUACAAUUGUAAAUUCGAAAACGAGUAUUAAAAAAAAGUUAAUUAUAUUGGCGUAACUUAUAACAAUCGUGUUAUACGAUUGCAACGCGAUUGCAAGAUGACAACAUUGAGGCAUGACAUUGAAUUGCCGAACAAUAUUCCAAAAUUAUUAAUGGAAAAACAUGCAAACUAUCUCAUUUCAUAUGGUGACAACAAGGAUGAAUAUACCUAUUCUCAGACUGAACACAUGAGAAUGUCUGGCAUGUACUGGGGCCUUACUGCUCUAGAUUUGAUGGGAAAGUUAGAACAAACUAAUAAGGAAGAAGUUUUAGAGUUUAUUGGACAAUGUCAAAGUGAUAGUGGUGGCAUCAGUGCCAGCAUACAACACGAUCCACAUUUACUUUACACGCUCAGUGCAGUUCAAAUAUUGUGUAUGUAUGAUGCGUUGGAUGUUAUAAAUGUCGAUAAAGUUGUGAAUUAUGUCAAAGAAAGGCAACAAGCAGAUGGAAGUUUUGUGGGUGAUCAAUGGGGUGAGGUAGAUGUCAGAUUUUCUUUCUGUGCCGUCGCUACUUUGUCACUCUUGAACCGUUUAGACGCGAUAGAUGUCGAAAAAGCAGUACAAUUUGUAUUGAAAUGUAUGAAUUUUGAUGGAGGGUUCGGCUCAAAGCCAGGAUCUGAGAGUCAUGCUGGUUUAAUUUAUUGUUGUGUUGGGUUGCUUUCAAUUACAGGGCAUCUACAUCUGAUAGAUGCUGAUCGUUUGGGAUGGUGGUUAUGUGAGAGACAAUUACCUUCUGGAGGUUUAAAUGGUAGACCUGAAAAGUUACCGGAUGUAUGCUACUCUUGGUGGGUGUUAUCGGCGCUAACAAUUUUAGGUCGUCUUCAUUGGAUAGAUAAAAAAGGCUUGGUGGAUUAUAUUUUAAUUUGUCAAGAUGUCGAAACUGGCGGCUUUAGUGAUCGGCCUGGUGAUAUGGUUGACCCUUUCCAUACUUUGUUUGGCCUUACCGCAUUGUCAUUGUUAGAUAAGAACUUUUCAUUAAAACAAAUAAAUCCUACUUAUUGUAUGCCAGAGUAUAUAAUCGAUCGGUUAGGUCUCAAACCCUCACGACUCGACGCGUGAUUAUAUGUAUAAUAUGCUUAAGGAUGUACAUCAAUUCUUUGUUGACUUGUAUACAAUUGUAGAUUUAUUAUAAAAUGUAUCUUUGAAUUUUUAUUUGAUAAUCCCAAAUAUAUAUUCCAUGUACAGGUGAAA